CUACCUUGCCGAAACAUGCAUUGGCUAUCUCUCCCUGGACGACCUCUUACUACUCGGUGUGAAUUCACAUGCCGAAAGAGCCAAUUUCGCAAAAAAGUAUCCGUUCUACUGCCAUGCAACGGCAUUGUUCCACAUCUAUUUUUAUCACUACGAUACCGCGCGCCCUGAACCACCGUCUUACUUAAGGUUCUUUUCUUCUCCGCAAAGCCCCUUUUAUUCUCUAUGGAACUUGUUCUAUAGCACCUGGAUGCCAACAUGGACAGAAUACACUUACUUUGACUGCGAGGGGGAAAUGAAUGAGUCAUAUUUGCCAUCAGGACUCAGCCCGUUGCAGUGUGCUGCCGCAAGUCUUCUUCCACGAACCUGUGCCAGACUCUUAGCCGAGAAUGCAGAUCCUAACGGAAGAUUAGAAGGUGCUCCUGCUCCGAUUCAUCUAGCAAUAUCUAAGUGUCACUACAACGAAUUUUUUGGCCUCUCAUCUCUCGAGCUCUUUCGCAAUACCAACAUCCGACCUUUGCUCAAAAAAAUGGAAAUCUCAAACCGAAGGCUAAACACUGUUCAUAUAUUAGUCGAUCACGGCGCCGAUUUGGGUUCGGUAUACGAGUUUCGAAGUAACAGGACAAGCUCUAUUGAAGUAUCGUUUAUGGGAGACUUCGACAUAUCACCUCUAUGUCUUGCGCUCAUGUUUUUUGAGCUGGAGGUGAGCAAUCUGCUCCUUGAACUUGGCGCGAGUCUUGAACCAAGCCCCGCUGGACUUGGUAUGUUUUACAUGGCUUUCGAAGCCGUACUUCAAUACAUCUCAUUCAAUGAACCGUUCAUGCCAUCUCUACUCAAGACGGGAUUAGAGAGUCUCGUUGCCAGAAUCUCCGCCCAUAUUGAAUCCAACAAAAAGGAGGAGCCUUCACCUGAGCCAAAGUUCAGAUCACAUCGUGACCGAGGUCAAUUUGUUGUCGAGGAGAAAAUAGACAUUGAACCAGUCCGUUCUACAUCCGAUUUGAUGUUACCUACUGGAGAUGAAAUUUGCGUCGAAGCCACUCGCCAGAAUGAUGAAACUAGCACCUUCAAGGAUGAAAUUUCAGCAAUGUCGUUUGCUAGCGGGAUGUACCAGAAUGGCUCCCCUGAAGCAACCAUAUUGUCUACUCAACCUUCUGAAAAGGCGGAGUACCGAAAUUCGGAUCUCGACAUGGCUUUAGCCACGAGAGAUGUCGAGUUACUUAUCCAGAGAAUCGAGUUCAACCAUGGAGAAUCCCGCAAAUCACAGAGCCCAUUAAUGAUGGCCUACCAUCUCGGAAGACCAGAUAUCGUCAAGUAUCUUCGCAAGGAGGGAUUCAACCUAUACACGCGCGAGGUGGUCCAAUUCUAUAGCGAAAAUACAAAGCUCGCGAAAGAACUGCUUGGCCCUAUCAAACACCACCUUAUCUCGGUAUCACGAGCUCAGUUACGAUGCGCAUUUGUGGAUUUCCUUGACAACAAGCCGUUUCCCAAUUUUGAGGAGCUGGACUACAUAUUGGACAAUGCAAGCACGGAUAAUAGCGACAUCCUGGCCAGACUGACCUCGUUGGCAGUCCGUCGCAAGCACAAUCUCCGCGCUCCAAAUUAGAGCCUCUAGGAUUUGACAUUCAAGGUUUCAUCAUGUCAAAAGCAAUGCACGAGUGCUCACAUUCAGAUCCGUGUAUGACAAGGGGUAGCUAAGGUUCCCAUUUGCAGCCUCUGAAAUUUGACAUUACCGAUUUUAUCAUGUUUAAACUCCGGGGGUGUCACACACGAUCUACUUCAGUCAGAUUCAGAACCUAUGUAAACACUCAAAUACACGAAACGAGCGUGUAUAGAUUCAGGACUGUCCCAAAUGGCAUAGUUGAUCCUCCAAUAAUCAACAGCCUCACACAAGAUCUUUCCAUGUCCAGGUGAUAUUCCG